AUGGUUAGAGAGGCAGUUGUGUUGGGUCAUAUUGUGAGUGAAAGGGGUUUAGAGGUGGAUAGAGCAAAAAUUGAUAUUAUAUCUAAAAUGAAACCUUCAAAUUUAGUAAAACAGAUUAGAUCUUUCUUGGGUCAUGCAAGUUAUUACAGAAAAUUUAUUCAAGAUUUUUCGAAAAUUUCUAAACCUCUCACCAUGCUAUUAUCUAAAGAUGUGCCUUUUAAUUUUGAUGAGAAAUGUUUUGAGUCUUUUUCCGAAAUAAAAAGAUUACUUACUGAGGCACCCAUUUUACAAGCUCCUGAUUGGUCCCUUCCCUUUGAAAUAAUGUGUGAUGCAUCAAAUUAUGCAAUGGGGGCCAUUCUAGGACAAACAAAAGAGUCAAAACCCAUAGUAAUUUCAUAUGCUAGUAAAACUAUAUCCGAUGCUCAAUUAAAUUAUACUAUGACUGAAAAAGAGUUGUUAGCUGUAGUAUUUUCAUUAGAAAGGUUUAGAUCAUAUAUUUUGGGAGCUAAAAUUAUUAUUUAUACUGAUCAUGCAGCAUUAAAAUAUCUGUUUAAUAAGAAAGAUGCAAAGCCACGUUUAUUAAGAUGGAUUUUAUUGUUGCAGGAAUUUGACUUAGAAAUAAAAGAUAAAAAAGGUUUCGAGAAUACUGUUGCUGACCGUCUUUCUAGAUUAAAUGAUACAGGAAUAAAUGCAGCACCUUUAUAAGAUGCAUUUCCAGAUGAACAAUUGAUGGCAGCUCAACAUCAACCAUCACCAUGGUAUGCACAUAUUGUUAAUUAUCUAGUUUCUAAAAAAACUCUAAAACAGUGGGAUAAGAACAGAAAACAUCAUUUCUUUUCUAAGCUUAGAAAUUAUUUUUGGCAUGAUCCUGGUUUAUAUUACUUGGGCAAUGAUCAAAUUUUAAGGAGAUGUGUUCCUAAAGAAGAAUACCAUAGCAUUAUUAACAUGUGCCAUUCAUCUAUCUAUGGAAGACAUUUCUCUAGACGAAAAAUAGCUGCAAAAAAUUUUCAGUGUGGUUUUUAUUGGCCUACAAUCAUUAGAGAUUCUAUAGAAUUUAGUAGAACAUGUAUUUCAUGCCAAUCUAUAGGUAACAUGAGUAAAAAAGAUGAAAUGCCCAUGAGUAACAUGUUAGUAGUCGAAAUUUUUGAUGUAUGGGGAAUAGAUUUCAUGGGUCCCUUCCCAUCAACUGAAAAAUAUGAAUAAAUUUUGCUUGCUAUUGAUUAUGUGUCGAAGUGGGUGGAAGCUAUUCCUACUAGAACUAAUGAUCAUAAAAUCGUGAUGAAAUUUGUGCAGGAAAAUAUUUUUUCGAGAUUUGGAUGUCCUAGAGUGAUUAUUAGUGAUGGAGGAACACAUUUUACAAAUAAACAUUUCAGAGAACUGUUGAAAAAGAAUGGAGUACACCAUAGAGUAGCCACUCCAUAUCAUCCCCAAACAAAUGGGCAAGCUGAAGUAGCAAAUAGGGAAAUUCAAAGAAUUUUGAGAAAAAUAGUUAGACCAGAUAGGAAAGAUUGGCCCACGAAAUUACAAGAUGCAUUAUGGGCUUAUAGAACAGCUUAUAAAAAUCCCAUAGGUAUGUCCCCAUUUCGUCUCAUUUUUGGAAAGCCAUGUCAUCUUCCUGUGAAAAUAGAGCAUAAAGCAUUAUGGGCUAUAAAAAAUUUAUGUAUGGAUGAAAAAUCAGCUGGUGGGCAUAAAAUUUUUCAGCUACAUGAACUAGAGGAGUUGAGGAAUGAAGCUUAUGAAAAUCAUAGUAUAUAUAAAGAAAAAACUAAAACUUUUCAUGAUAAAUACAUUAGCAGAAAAAAAAUUGAUGUUGGACAAAAGGUGUGGUUAUAUGAUUCUAGGCUGAAAUUAUUCCCAGGAAAAUUAAAAUCAAAAUGGAAAAGGCCUUAUGUGGUGGAAGAGACAUGAUCAUGUGGCUGUAAUGAUUAAAGAUCCUAAAAGUGAUCAUAACUUUAAGGUAAAUGGACAGCGGCUUAAACAUUACAUAGAACAUGAACGCCUUGUAGAAAAAGAAAUUUUAUUAUUAAAAGAAAUUCAAGAGUAAGAUCAAGGAGUCCAACUAGAGACAUUAAAUUCAGCGCUGCAUGGGAGGCAACCCAUGGUUUUUAUUUCAUUUUUUUUAAGCUCUGUUUUUCUUAGAAUUUCGCAGUACUUGUUUUUGUAUUUGUUUUUUUGAAAAAGUGCAGAAGGAGGCAUGUAAGACGAAGUGGAAAAAUUAAAAACGAGGUUGAGGUGAUGUCUUUCAGAGCUUUAUCAUUUAUGAUAACAUUUUUAAUGCUUAACUUUGCAUAUAUGCAUGCUUCACGUGAAAAUUAUAUUUUCUACAUAUUCUAUUUCGAUUUUUCUAUGUCAUUGGAGACAAUGUCAUUUUUAAGUUGGGGGGUGAAGUAUUCAUUAUUAAUUUAUGCUGUAAGACGAUUAAGAACAUGUGUUUGCAUUUUAUUCAACUUAGAACGGCAACUAAAAAAAUAAAAAUAAAAUAAAAUUCGGAAAAACUGCAACAUCUAUUUUCUGGUUUUCUGUUAGGAACAAGAGACUGUCAAAAAUAGCAGAGGAAAAAACAACCCGAAAUUUGAAAUUAUAGAGACCCUUUUCUCACAUUUCAAUCCCCUAGACAUAUAUUACUGAAAUUCGAAAUUACAGCUAUAAACAAGAUAGUUUUGACUUAUUUUUGACAAAUUUAUUACUGCUAAAAAUAGAACUGAAAAUAGAAAACAGAACUGUCAUAACUAUCUAAUUUACAAAUUUCUUACAUCAUAUUGCAUGCAUGAAAAAUUAAAUCAAUUAGAUUGAUUGAUACCAAAAGAUACUAGGAAGAUUAUUAUUGAGUCAAAAGAAUGAUCUAGUAGCAUGAAAUGCUGGAAUACUCCUUGGAUACAUGAUAGAUAACAUGGAUUUGAUUUUACAGAUUUUCACUUCAUGAUCUUGAUGGAUAGUAUUUACUUGAUGUGAAAAUUUGAUUGAUCAUUUGAGUUUAAUGGAGAUUUUUGCACCCUGAUCUAUAGGACUUGUGAGGAGAAAUCACUUAUUUCGAAAAAAAAAGAGAGAGCAAUGUGAAAAAUCUAGAAACGAAGAGUACACAUAGAGGGUGUGAGACAUCAUUCUCAUUGUCGAAAAUCGUGUAUAAAAAAACGCUUGCUACAAAAUAAGUGGAUAAAGUGAAAGCCCUAAAAAUUAAGAGUACACAUGGAGGGUGUGAGACAUCAUUCUUAUUGUCGAAAUUUGUCUACAAGAAAAGCUACUUAUCCACUAUAAAAGAAGGAAGAAAUAUAGUGCAAACUUCAAAAAUCAAGCUAUGGAAAAAGGGAAAUGUAGAAUCAAUAUUAUUCUUAGAUGAUUAUUGAUAAUUGGAACAUUUUGUAAAUAUAUCUAUGAGUGAAGAAGUGAUAAAGAUGUGAAUAGAAGAAGUGAAGUCUAGAUUGUUAUUCCAAGGUGUGCUUAAACAUUUAAGUGCUUGACAUCAUUCUCAAAGACUUGAUAUAAGAGUCCAAAGUGUCUAAAGGUGCAUCAUUUCUAAUUGUAUUUUUAUUUUUCUUAUUGAAAUAUGAUGUUUGAGAUUUGUAAAUUUUUAUUUUCGUAAUUCCAUUGCUAAGAGACUAGCAAUGAUUUAAGUUGGGGGGUGUGAUAAGUCUUCAUUAUCAUGAGUUAAUAAUUAGUAAAUAAUAUAGUUUUAGCCUUAACUCGUGAUAAAUAGACUUAUCUUUGGGUUAAAGUGUGAAAAGUGGUUUUCAAUUGAUUAAUGUGCUUUUUUUGGGUAAUUAUGUGAUUUUAUACGAAUUUAUAUGAUUUUUACAGUCUUGAUUUUGAGAUAAAUGAAGAAAAAGAAAUAAAACUAAAAUAUUGCAAAAUGGGGGGACCCGCCGGCCAGCCGGGCCCGCAAGCGGGUUGGAAGCUCGGUCGGGGAGUAGCCGCGAGCAGGGGCUCGAGCGGCUUGGACCGAUAGGGGCACGUGUGCGCCACCACUCCCCUUCCACGUCACCGGUGGCCAGCCGGUUGUGGGGCAAGGAGUGGUCGUACACGCGAGAGAAGAAACUUUGCUUACAAAUGUAACAUUACUAUAUAUUCGCCCGAAAAAUCGACGCACAACCGGUGUGGGACUAAACCCGCGUCACACCUUCCUCAGAAGGGGUGGACAACUGGCGUGGGUUCAAAUCCUCCCAGAGUCAAAAGUCAUAUAUUUUUAUCUGAUUAUCGCGACUUUCCAGCAAAUCGUCGGUGAAGGAUUAAGCAACGAGAAUCGCUGGAUCAUCGGCGAAAAUCUCGUCAAUGCGAUUCACGGAGCAUUGCUACUAAAAUUGCUGAACGAUUCGUGAUAAAAAGAUCGCGAAUCCAUGUAAGUAGAUUUUCACACUCAAAUAUUACCUAAAUUGAUCUAUUACAUGUCACAAAACUCAUUUGGUUGCUCGUUAAUUCAUGUAAACCUAUGACAUUGACUAUAUUGAAACGUUCUCUUUAUUAGUUCAGCUCAACUCUAUUCGAGUGAUAAUUUCUUUGGCGGUGAAUCAAGCAUGAUCUUUGCAUCAGUUGGAUGUUUGUAAUAUAUUUCUUUAUGACAACUUUGAAAAGCAUGUGUUAUGGAGUAAUCUCUUGAAUAUGUCACUCAUGGGGAGUCAUCAAAUGCGUGUCUUUUACAACGCACUAUUUACGGACUUAGACAAAGUCCACAUACUUGGUUUAUCAAGUUCAAUAGUCUUUUGGUGUAAUUUAGAUUUUUACUAUAUCUUGUGGAUCCCAUAGUGCUUACAAAAAGUAUUGAAGUCGGCAUUGUCAUCAUAACUAUUUAUGUAGACAACAUUCUUGUGACUAGAAGUGAUGAAACAGACAUUCAAGCUACUAAAUUAUACCUACAAUAGUACUUUAAUAUACAAAAUCUAGGGGUUCUACGAUACUUCUUUGAGAUUGCAUUUACCUAUCAAGAUGGCAAGCUUGCUCUCUCUCAACAAAAGUAUACUCUUGAUAUAUUUCAAGAGACUAGACUACUUAGGUGUAAGUUAGAACUGUCACCUAUAGAGGCACAUCCGCGCUUCUAAGAUACAUCAUCUUUGCUCUUAGAGGAUGCUAAUCAAUAUAGACAAUGGUUGAGGAAGUUGAUCUACCUCACCUCACCGCGACUCGCCUUGACAUUGUGUAUACGGUUAGUGUCCUUAGCCAGUUCAUGUAAGAACCUUGACUAGUUUACUAAGUAGUUUUAUAGAUUCUAACAUACGUCAAAAGAGCUCCUAAGGGAGAGUUUAUCUAUCGAAGACAUAAGCAUCUUCAUAUUGAAGUAUACUCGGAUGUAAGAUAUACUAGUAACAAGGGAGACCGUAAGUCCACCACUAGUUAUUACACAUAUGUGGGUGGCAACUUUGUCAUGUGGCAUUCUAAAAAGUAGAAGGUGGUAUCUUGCUUCAAUGCUGAGUCCGAGUAUCACGCCAUGAUUGAAACAGCAUAAAAGAUGGUGUGACUCAAUUCACUCUUUAAAAACUUUAACAUCUCAUCUCUCAUGUCAAUACCUAUGCAUUGUAAUAAUCACACCGUCACCUUUAUUGUUGAGAAUCCUAUAUUUCAUGAGUGAAUAAAACACAUCAAGAUUGACUACCAUUAUAUCUAAAAUAAGGUAAUGUUAAGUAUUAUCUCUACUCAUAUUGUCUCAUCUCAUCAACUCACGAACAUCUUCACUAAGAGUCUUGUGGAGAUCUCUUAUGACAUGACGUGUACCAAACAAGGUAUGUUUGACUUGUAUGCUCUAGCUUAAGGAAGAGUGUUAGAAUAAGCCUAUUGAGCCCACCAUGCUCAUUUUGGACAUAUUCUCUCCAUGUUCUUAUUCUUCUUCUACUAUCUCCACUUCUUCUUCUUCUUCUUCUCUCUCUCUCUCUCUCUCUCUCUCUCUCUCUCUCUUUCUUUCUCUUUUCUAUAUAACCUCAUAUACUCUUCUUCUUUGAUAUAUCAAUUCUAAAGUUUUCUCUUCCUCUUGUCAAUAUAAUUCUUGCAUCUAUAUUUACGGACACAGAUUAUAAGUCAUAAAUUAUUAAAUAAUACCUUACCAUAGGGUAGACAAAAUAAUUUAGAAUGAAAAACUAUUAUAUCUCUUUUACUAAAUGCUAAUGAGCAUUGAUACCCCUUUCACUACCUUUAGUUCAUUCUAUUUUUUUAAUGGAAGUAGAAAAUAAUAUUUUAUUAAAUGAGUUAAUUAAUUAUGCUCAUAAUUUAUAAAAAAUAUAACCUCAAGCAAGUGCAUAGGUAUGCUGGCGACUUUCCUAAGAAAAGAUUGCAUAACCUCUACAUGAACUCUGAAUUACAAGUAUUUAUUAACAAAAAAAAUUGUGGUACCAACAUGUGUCAAAUAUUUUCAAGCCUAAAAAAUAAAUUGUAAGAGUAAAGUAGAAAAUUUAUCUUCAAAACCUCUCUUGUUUUCCUCAUAAUGGACUUCACAUGAAGCCAUUUUGUAUAGAAAGCCAAAAUAGUUACUAAGAUUCAAAGUUUUUAAGGCUGGCAAAUAAUAAGCUAUUUGAUGGAAAAAAAAGGAAAGAUGAUUAUAUUGGGAAUGGAUGAUUGAUAGAAAUAAAUAAUUAUCCAUUAAAAUUGGUGGAAGGCAGCUUGUAGGUCCCAUUACAAAAUUUUAUCAUUAAAUCAUUAAAGUAAGCUUAUUACAACUGCUCAAACUACUUAGGAGAUAUUUUAGCUAGAAAUAACUUACCCUUAAUAAAUCUUUCUACAUUGAAAUUCUAAUAAUGUAAAACACAAUAAAUGGUUAGUUAUCUAAGAAAUCACCUUUAGUUAUAGCAUAUGAAAAAAUAUAUUAUAGAGGGCCACAUUGAGUUUUAGAACCCUUUCAAAGUUUAUUAAAGCUUGUCAUCACAAAAAUUUCAAUAAAGAUUAUUUUGAUAACAUUAUAUUCAUUACAUAAAUUGCUACUGUCUUUAAAAUGCGCACUGUAAAUUUAAAAUUUUUUGGAAUUGAGUUAGAUAGUGUAACCUUCAGUAGAAAUUAAUGGUAACUUACAAAUGCAAGAAAAAAAUAAAAGUAGAAAAAAGAGUGGUACAUAGAUCAUAUAGUAUAUCAAGAUGGUAUCUUGACGUGACUCAGUCGUUUUAUAUUAAAUCACGCUAAUCUAAAAUUUAUAAAACUAGAAAAUACGAAUUUUCGGAUAUUUAGAAGUAUUUCUGAAUAAAUAUAUAAAUUAUAAUUCAAUAAAACUUCCAAAAAUAACGGUAAUUUUCCAGAUCGAUCACAGGGAUGUAAUAUAAUAUUUGGUAAUUAUUCAGAAUUUUUCUCAAUGAAUACGAUUUUCUAUGAAUUUUAUACUAGGAAAUGAAAAGGAAAUAUAUUUAAAAAUCACGAAAAAGAAGGAAAUAAGGGUGCGGACGUCAGGAUGACGUUAGCGCCCGGUGAACACGAAUCGGGCACAAACAUAGUUCCGCCCGGCUGACGUGACUCAGUCGUUGUAUAUUAAAUCACGCAAAUAUAAAAUUUAUAAAACUAGAAAAUACGAAUUUUCGGAUAUUUAGAAGUAUUUCUAAAUAAAUAUAGCAAUUAUAAUUCAAUAAAACUUCCAAAAAUAGUGGUAAUUUUCCAGGUCGAUCACAGGGAUGUAAUAUAAUAUCUGGUAAUUAUUCAGAAUUUUUCUCAAUGAAUACGAUUUUCUAUGAAUUUUAUACUAGGAAAUAAAAAGGAAAUAUAUUUAAAAUUCAUGAAAAAGGGAAAUAAGGGCGUGGACGUCAGGAUGACGUCAGCGCCCGGCGAACGCGAAUCGGGCAGAAACAGAGUUCCGCCCGGCAAUUCUUACGUAAGCGAUUACAGACGAUUUAAUUAAUCAAAUUAAAAUCUGUAAAAGCCGAAAGAAUCGUAAUAGAAUAAAGUAUAUUUUGGUAAAUUAAAAUCACAAAGAAAUAUCACUAAAUGAAGUGUAAAGUAAGUUUAAAGUAGGAAAACAGAGUUCCGCCGUCGCGACGGCGAUGCAUUGGCGAUGCACCGGAAUCCUGAGCGUUCGGGAGGAUCGUUGUGCAGUGUCCACGGCCUCGAAGGCUCUCCUUGGACAAAGACGACAUGGGCAAUCUCUAGAUCUUCUCGUGAAGUCUAGAGAUCAAUGAAAUGGGUCGUUGAGUCAUCUCCGGCGGCUGUCACCCAACAGAGCAGAAAAACGGCGACUUUGCGGCUCUCCGGCAGCUGUCACCCGACGGAGAGGAGCUGGAUGGAGGUGGGGCGCGUGUCAGGGAGCUUCAUCCUCAGGUCCGCGCAGCAAGAGGAGGCUCUUCAUCGCAUCUGGUACCAUCUCAAGAGGUGGCGACUCGUCUCCCGGCGGAUCGUCCUCUUCCCGACGACGGCUUGUUCGUCGAUCAAUCGGAGAUGAUUUACUCGAUGGAUUCGCGAUCCUUUUAUCGCGAAUUGUUCAGCAAUUUUAGUAGCAAUGCUUCGCGAAUCGCAUUGACGAGAUUUUCGCCGAUGAUCUAGCGAUUCUCGUUGCUUAAUCCUUCACCGGCGAUCUGCAAGAAAGUCGCGAUAAUCAGAUAAAAAUAUAUGAAUUUUGACUCUAGGAAGAUUCGAACCCACACCGGUUGUCCACCCCUUUUGAGGAAGGUGUGACGCGGGUUUAGUCCCACAUUAGUUGUGCGCCGAUUUUUCAAGCGAAUAUAUAGUAAUGUUAGCUUUGUGAGCAAAGUCUCGUCUCUCACGUGUACGACCACUCCUUGCCCCACAGCUGGCUGGCCACUGGUGACGUGGAAGGGGAGUGGCGCACACAUGCCCCUAUCGGUCCAAGCCGCUUGA